CAUGGCUCUGGCUGACGCGGAACGCGGGUCCAGCGGCGCCGAGUCCGGCUCCCCGUUCUCCGACAUCAUCGAGCUGAACGUGGGCGGACAGGUUUAUGUCACCAGGCACACAACUUUAGUGGCCGUGCCAGACUCAUUACUAUGGACCAUGUUCAGCAAGAAGUCCCCCAAAGACUUGGCGAGAGACAGCAAGGGGCGCUUCUUCUUGGACCGGGACGGGUUCUUGUUCCGUUAUAUUCUAGACUACCUUCGGGACCUCCAGCUGGUCCUGCCGGACUAUUUCCCGGAGAAGAGCCGGCUCCAGAGGGAGGCUGAGUACUUCCAGCUGCGGGAGCUUUCCAAGCGUCUGAUUCCCAGAAUGAGCAAAGAGAAUUCAAUCAGCGAGGAGAUCUGCCAGAGUGACACGGAGGAGGGCGCCCCCCCGAGCAGCCUCGGCUCCUCCGGAGGCGCAGAGACUCAGUUAUUACGCACGGCACCCGCGGCCGGUGGCGUCUCCCCCUCGCUGGACCCGCGGAAGUCGGGCUACAUCACAGUCGGGUACCGGGGCUCCUACACCAUCGGCAGAGACAUCCAGACCGACGCCAAGUUCCGGCGGGUGGCGCGCAUCACCGUGUGCGGGAAGACGUCCCUGGCCAAGGAGGUGUUUGGGGACACUUUGAACGAGAGCCGGGACCCGGACCGGCCCCCGGAGCGGUACACGUCCCGGUACUACCUCAAGUACAACUUCCUGGAGCAGGCUUUCGAUAAGCUGACCGAGGUGGGCUUUCACAUGGUGACCUGCAGCUCCACGGGGACGUGCGCGUACACAAGCAAUGACCCGAACGAGGACAAAAUCUGGACCAGCUACACCGAAUAUGUCUUUUGUAGGGAAUAACUGAGAAAUGCUCCAAAAUGACGAGCUCGCCUGGCUGACAGGACGCAACUUCGGUGUCUGGUGGUGACCACUGCAUAUUGGAGUGAAUAGGAAUCUCAUAAUCUAUAGGAAGAUGUACUAAAAAAAAAAAUGAAAUGUUGGAUUUACUUAAACAUGUUGACCCAUGUCAAGUGGUUCAACAAAGCUGUGUUGAGUAAAUUCUGACGACAGAACAAUAAAUCAACAUAGAACCACAUGACAACGUUUUGAAAGGAAAUCCAACAUUUUAUUUUAUUUUUUUGCACUUGCUGUCUUAAUAGUUAAAAAGUUUACCAGAGGCCAGUGAACGGCAGCUAUAGUCAUGAGUCUGUAUAUUUAUAUUUUGCCUUUCAGAAAACUGUUGCUCCGUAACACACCCCAAGAAAAACAGCCUAAGAAGUGAAGAAGAGCUGACAGGUGGGUGCAAAGUUCCACAAACAAGAAUAGACCCCCCCCUUUUCUCCCACCCGCCAACAUAAUUUGACUCUAAAGAAAAAGGGAGAUUAUGCCAGUCACGUUUCCAAAAAGACAAAAGGGAAGUAUUACUGCACAAUUGAUCCUUGAAUUGACACGGACAUCAGAAACACCACAAGACAUCGUCUUACAAAGCGGCUGGUAGCUGCAGGACCGUCCCGCUCAUAUCUGACCCAGUCAAGUGUGCAGCGGAUGGCGUUGAACGACACUAGAGCCCCACCGUUGCAAGUGUUAAUGUAAUCACAGUUACUAGUCAGUGUUGAUUUAAUCUCGAGGUUUGCUUGAACCAGGUUUUGGGUUUGUUUCUUUCUGCAGCAGAUUGCUAUGGUAUGCACUUGCUUUGUAGCAUUGUAUUUGUUAACCCGUUCAAUGAAAUAAAAUCUUCU